GAACAGAACCAAGGAAAGACGUUGCAGCCACAACUGUGAAGUAGUUCUAGUCGCAGGUCCUGCACUGUUUUAGCAAAACUAGGUACAUGAGAAGUAUACGAUGUCGAACGACGACUUAAGAUUUGAUCUGGAAGAUCUGGAUCAGGCGAAGGUACACAUCGUUGACCACCAGGGAGUUCCUUUUGACACGAAACCCGACGCCGAGUAUUGCCCCGAGCGGUGGAGGAUAUUGGCGGAUCCUUGGGCCUUCGUCAAUGUGACGAGUCACGGAUGGAAGGAGGUAGGAGGUGGCUCUUGUUGACUUUUUUGACGGCACGAGGGAAGAAAAGCAUACGAUUCCUGUCAUCUCAUCACAAGAAACAAAGUGGCUCAUCUCCCUGGGUAGGCAGGGCAGGCAUGAAACAAUGAAUUAUCGGCUUUCUGUCCCUUUUCACGUCAACUUCUAUCCCCGAAAACCGAAAGGUGCGGUGUAUUCUGUGCGACAAGCGGGCUGACAACGACCACCUACCGAGCAAAGGGCACCGAAGAAAUCUGGAACAGGCAAGUCAUGAUGAGGCGAAGGAGCAAUAUCGGAGAGCCUUGCAGGAGGGCCGGAUCCCCUUUCCGCAAGACGGAGUAAACUACAGAGACAAAAGCACCGGCGCGGUAGUGCGCUCCGGAGCGCCGAAUAGCAUCGGUCCGGAAGAUCCCGCGCCAUACAGAAGUUGUGCAGCUGCCGGGGACGAUUCUUAUGCCUCCUCCUCGCUGCGACCUCUCUCUCCUCCUCCCGCGAGUACUGCCGGCCACGGAGGCUCGGGAACUGCGACUGGUAGGUCAACAACGGGGUCACCUCCACACCAGCCAGACAAAGAUGACUACGAUGCUGGAGCCUCUUACUACUCGAACGACCGGGACUGGGAUGGUGCGGAGAGUGUGUACACGACCUCCGAGGCCACUGACUACAGCCGUAGCUGCGCUACCUCGACAUCAUCGGCCAGGGGAUCGUCGAUGUACGGAUCAGCUUCUGAAAUGGCCGCGGUCCGCAAUGUGACGACAUCCAGAAUGAGCUCGGCUGCUCACGCGGCGAGCAAUCAUCGCCUCCCCACAAUCAACGAAGAAGAACCUCCGUCCUCUCCGGACCUGUACAAGUUGCAGCCAAUCGAUCGAUUUUGCCGGCCCAUCCCGCGGCGCUGCUGGAAGUACGACGGGGAGGAAAUUAAAGAGGGCGAAGCAACCUUUUUGCUCGAACUUUACAACAAUCCCCAGUAUUACGAGCUCACAGCAAACCCCGGCUGGGUGGGGUUGCGGUGCGCGCUCUGCUUCUCGCAAUUCGGCCGGCCGUCCAACAUCACCGCGGAGCACACGCCUGUGUCUAAUCUACACACCCGCGGCCUUCGGGGGUACCAGGCUGAGACGAUGGCCCUGCAAGCAAUUUGCCCGGCGAAGGACGCAGAGCUUAGGCGAAAAUGUUCCGAGCUGCCCCCACCGUUGCGGCCCGAGCAAAUCACAGAAGGGAUCCACGUGCCUGAAGGUUUUAGCAAAUGGGGCGAAAUUCCGCGGGUAGAGUUCAUUUUUCUCUUUGCGCGAGCAGUCUUUCGGAUAGACCAUAGAAGAUAACCAUAAGUAGGCAACUCUAAAACUAUGAUGCGACGUCUGUGCAGGAGGUAGUGUUUCGUUACGUUGCCAUACCGCCCACCGUUUUUCAAUGAUUAUACGCCAGUCAGUAACUCUUACAACAGCAAGCGGGAUUGUCUGCAACUAUGCUUGAGAAGUACGCAGAGAGCGCGCCCGCUUCAGAAGUUUCUCCAUCUAGUGCUCCUUCAGCUGUAAGUAGCGAUGCCGAUGCUACGGCUUCGACAUAA